AUGUAUGUAAAAUGCGGUUCCACAAUUGAAAACAACGAUCCAGCAGUUGCAAGGCGGUCGACAGUUGCAAAGAUUGCAAAGGUUGGUCAAGUAGUUGCAAAGGAGGUUCGACAGUUGCAAAGGCCCUCUAUAUUUCUCCCCUCUCUCCUAAUCUUAGGCUCUUUCUCUCUCUACAAAACUCUCUCAUCUCUCCUCAAAUGGCUCUGGGCCGCUUUCCUAAGACCCCCCAAAAACCUCAGAAGAUCCUACGGCCCAUGGGCCAUCAUCACAGGCCCAACAGACGGCAUAGGCAAGGCCCUGGCCUUUGAGCUCGCCCGGAACGGCCUCAACUUGGUCAUGGUGGGCCGAAACUCACUGAAGCUGUCCGAAAUUUCGGCCCAAAUAGAGGCGACAUAUGGGCGUGUAGUGAAGAAUGUGGUGGUGGAUUUUUCGGCUGAUUUAGAGGCGGGUUUGGAGAGGAUUAGGGAGGGGAUUAAAGGGCUCGAAAUCGGGGUUUUGGUUAAUAAUGUAGGGGUUACGUACCCUAAUCCGACGUUUUUCGAUGAGGCGGACCCGGAGGUUGUUGAGAGGGUCAUUAGGGUGAAUGUUGAGGGUAGUACCGGGGUCACCAAAGUUGUGAUGGAUGGAAUGGUGAAGCGGCGGAGGGGGGCGAUUGUUUUCGUAGGGAGUGGUGCGGCUUCGGUUGCUCCUUCCUUUCCCUUGGUGGCGGUUUAUGCGGCGUCCAAAGCGUAUAUUGAUCAGUUCUCGCGAAGCCUCUACGUCGAGUAUAAACCCCAUGGCAUUGAUGUGCAAUGCCAGAUUCCACUAUAUGUAGCCACUAAAAUGACAUCCGUUGCUAAGCCAUCGUGGUUUGCACCCACACCGGAGGUGUAUGUGUCCUCUUGCCUUGGUUGGGUGGGUUAUGAGGCUCGGUGCAUCCCCUAUCUUCCCCAUGCCAUCCAAUCAUCCUUGGCAUGCUUGCUGCCCGAUGCACUCUUGGAUUGGUUGCUUCUUCGUCGGUACCUAGCGAGGCGUCAAAUAGGAAUUUCGCAAGGUCAUUCUGCGAAGAAAGUUUGA